UUCAUUUCCCCCAAAUUGUGAGUCGAGAUUACUACCUCUACGGCAGUACCUCCGCCACCGUCGCCACCAUCAAAUUCUCCGCCUCAAUCAAACGAGAUCCGCCCCUGAUCAUCCAUGUUUCUGCUGGACUGGUUUUACGGCGUUUUGGCUUCGCUCGGUUUAUGGCAGAAGGAAGCUAAGAUCUUGUUCCUCGGCCUCGAUAAUGCCGGCAAAACCACGCUCCUUCACAUGCUCAAGGAUGAGAGAUUAGUGCAACAUCAGCCGACGCAAUAUCCGACCUCGGAGGAGCUCAGUAUUGGCAAAAUUAAGUUCAAAGCUUUCGAUUUAGGAGGUCAUCAGAUCGCUCGUAGAGUGUGGAAGGACUAUUAUGCUAAGGUUGAUGCAGUAGUUUACUUAGUGGAUUCCUAUGACAAGGAGCGUUUUGCCGAAUCUAAGAAAGAACUAGAUGCACUACUUUCUGAUGAGGCCCUUGUCACUGUCCCAUUUCUCAUUUUAGGAAACAAGAUCGACAUACCGUAUGCUGCGUCUGAAGAUGAGUUGCGUUAUCACCUUGGCUUGACUGGUGUAACAACUGGUAAGGGGAAGGUUAAUCUUGCAGAUUCUAAUGUGCGCCCUCUGGAGGUAUUCAUGUGCAGCAUUGUGCGCAAAAUGGGUUAUGGUGAUGGUUUCAAAUGGGUUUCUCAAUAUAUUAAUUAAGUUUGCCGCCAUAAACUCUUCUUUCUUGAAGAAGAUGGGAAGAAUUGCUCCUCUCCAAAAGGAUCGAAUAUGAAAUGGAUAGAAGAUUUAUUUCUUUCUGGUUGGUUUGAUUUGAUAGUUGUUAAAACUUAUACACUGUCCUUCAAAUUUGUAAGGUGAAAUUCCUCUGCA